AUGUUCUCUUCAACCGUCCUUCUCAGCGGCCUGGUCGCCUCUGUCCUCGCAGCCCCAGCUCUUGAGCCUCGAGCCAGCUGCACCUUCACCGAUGCCGCUACUGCCAUCAAGAACAAGGCUGGCUGCUCUACCAUCAUCCUCAACAACAUUGCCGUUCCCGCCAAGACCACUCUCGACUUGACCAAGCUCAAUGAUGGCACUCACGUCAUCUUCCAGGGCAAGACCACUUUCGGCUAUGCUGAGUGGGAGGGCCCUCUCAUCUCCUUCACCGGCAACAACCUUCUCAUCGAGGGCGCUUCUGGACACUCCAUCGACUGCGAGGGUAAGAGAUGGUGGGACGGCAAGGGCAGCAACGGCGGCAAGACGAAGCCCAAGUUCUUCAGCGCCCACUCCCUCAAGAACUCCAACAUCAAGAACUUGAACGUUCUCAACACUCCUGUUCAGGCUUUCAGCAUCAACAGCGUCACCAACCUGGGCGUCUAUGGCGUUCACAUGGACAACUCUCUCGGCGACUCUCUUGGUGGACACAACACCGAUGCCUUCGACGUUGGCUCCUCUACCGGCGUGUACAUCUCCGGAGCUGUUGUCAAGAACCAGGACGAUUGUCUCGCUAUCAACUCUGGCACCAACAUCACCUUCACCGGUGGUAACUGCAGUGGCGGUCACGGCCUCUCCAUCGGAUCCGUCGGUGGACGCUCUGACAACACUGUCAAGACCGUCCGCAUUCUCAACUCUGCCAUCUCCAACUCCGACAACGGUGUCCGCAUCAAGACCGUUUCUGGCGCUACCGGUUCCGUUUCCGAUGUCAAGUACGACACCAUCACUCUCUCCAACAUCGCAAAGUACGGUAUCGUCAUUGAGCAGGAUUACGAGAACGGUUCUCCUACUGGUACUCCCACUGCUGGAGUCCCCAUCACCGACGUCACCAUCAACAAGGUUACCGGAACUGUCAAGUCUAGCGGAACCGAUGUCUACAUCCUUUGCGCCAGCUGCAAGAACUGGACCUGGACCAACAACAAGGUCACUGGUGGAAAGACCUCUACCAAGUGCAAGGGUAUUCCCUCUGGUGCCUCUUGCUAA